CUCCAGCCGCAUCCCUUCCGCUGGCCGGACGUCCGGUUUGCGUGCGCGCUCUCCAGCCCCGCCUGUGUGCAGGGAGCCAGCCAGUAAGCGCCGCGGAGAUUGGGCCCGCGCCGGAGGCUGAGGCCGAGUCAGAGCCCCGCAGAUCCUUCUGGUGUUGCUGUGGUAGAGUGAUUGGCAAGUGUGCCCUACUGUCCAGUGAUUCUCAGCUCCUGGCUCCUAGUCUGGCUGACCUCUCUUUUUCCUGGGAAGAUGUUCCUGGUGGGCCUAACAGGAGGCAUUGCCUCAGGCAAGAGCUCUGUCAUCCAGGUCUUCCAGCAGCUGGGCUGUGCCGUGAUUGAUGUGGAUGUUAUUGCCCGCCAUGUUGUCCAGCCAGGAUACCCUGCCCACCGGCGGAUUGUAGAAGCCUUUGGCACUGAGGUCUUGCUGGAAAAUGGUGACAUCAACCGCAAGGUCCUGGGAGACCUGAUCUUUAACCAGCCUGACCGGCGGCAGCUGCUCAAUUCUAUUACCCACCCUGAAAUCCGCAAGGAAAUGAUGAAGGAGACCUUCAAGUACUUCCUCCGAGGAUACCGCUACGUGAUUCUGGAUAUCCCCCUCCUGUUUGAGACCAAGAAGCUGCUCAAGUACAUGAAGCACACGGUGGUAGUGUACUGCGACCGAGACACACAGCUGGCACGACUGAUGAAGCGGAACAACCUGAACCGUGAAGAUGCAGAGGCACGGAUAAAUGCCCAGCUGCCCCUAAAAGACAAGGCCCGCAUGGCUAACCAUGUUCUAGACAACUCCGGCGAGUGGAGCUUGACCAGACGCCAAGUCAUCCUCUUGCAUGCCAAGCUGGAACGCUCCAUGGAGUACCUGCCACUGAGGCUCGGGGUCCUGACGGGUCUGGCAGGCAUUGCCAGCCUCCUCUACCUGCUUACCCGCUACCUUCUGCCUUCCCCUUAGCUAGGUAAUACACCAAGGCAGGAAGCCUUAGGUCUUCUCCUUGGAGGCCUAAGUCCGGUAUCACAUCCUUAACAUUACACUCACUCUGAAUCUGUAACUGGCCCCUGUGCUGGGCGAGUUCUUUGGAGUGUAUCCUGUCUAGCUGAGGUGGCAAAAAGCAGCCCACUGUCAGUAGGUACCCCUGCCCACUCUCCCUCUGCCCCUUGUACCCUCUCCUGCCCCCUGCCCCCCAGUACCACCUACAGAACAGUAUCCACAGUAGCAGGAAAGCAGCAGUUAGCAGUUUCUGUGACCCUUGCUGGUGGUUACAGCUAUGUGGCCAACAGUUCCCUGGGCUUUAACCUUCUCUGAGCACCGGCUCCACCAUGACCAAAACCUCCUUAGUAGACCACAGCAAAUCCUUGUGGACUCAAGGGCUUCACUUUCAAACAGGGCUCUCUCCUGAGUUAAAACCUUCUGCCAGGGUGUAGUGUGAGUCCCCUCUGGGGGAUGCUGUGGCCAAGCCAAAGCAGAGUUCUUAGGGGAAAUCAGCUUCUCACGGGGCUUUCUUCGGCUUUCCUCAAAAUUUACUCCUACCUCCCACCACUCUGCUGUCUCCUAGCCCUGUACUCUUGGUAUUCCCCAGGCCCACAUCUGUCUUACCUCUGUGCCUGCCCCUGAAUCCUCUUUGCCCUGCAGUAUCUUCCCCCUGCAAGUGGGCUGACCUGGCUUCAGCACCAGGCCCAGGCUGAGUUAGGUACUCUAGAAUGUCACCCUCCCAUGUUUUACUUUAAUCCAUGGUAGAAUGGUCAGCCAGAACCUGAUUGGUUUCUCCUAGACUGUGCACCUCUAGAGGACAGGGCUGGCUUGCUGACCUCUGUGCUCUGGUGUGUAGCCUGCUCACCAUUGGUGCUCAAUAAAUUGUACUGGUCUAAAAUGC